AUGAGUUGUGAGAAAAGAGAAAAUUACAAAAGGAAGAAUGCAUCUGAAAGCAAUAAUUCUUCAGAAGGAAUUUAUAAUAUGAACGUUAAAUGUCCUUUUAGACUGAGAUCUGUGACAUGUGGUGGCACUUGGAAGGUGAUAGUUAGGCGUGAGUUACACAGUCAUAAAAUAUAUAAGAAUCUAGAAGGGCAUGAUAUAUUAGACCGCCUAAAAGAUCAUGAAAGACAAUUUAUGAAUGACAUGACGAAGUACAACACGACUCAAAGGUACAUAGUUGCUGCUUUGAAAGACAAAGGUCCAGAAAAUCUCACCAGUGUUACUCCGGUGUAUAAAGCUAGAGCUACAUAUAAUGCGAGCAAGAGAGGUCCAUUGACGAAAAUGAAAAUGCCGUUGAGUCUUAUUCAUAGAGAAAAAUACAUGUGUUGUACUAGAAAUAGGGAAUACUUAAAUGUUGUUGCUGAUAUCUUUUGGACACAUCCUGAUUUAGUGUACCGGCUACCACUGCUUGAGAUUGUUGGUGUUACGUCAACAACGUUGAUGUUUUCGGCUAAUAGAGAAACUGAGUUUGUCGAACACUUGAAGCACUUCGAGACUGUUUGUGUUGAUAUUCCUUUAUUUGUUAAGUAUAUGAGUGAAACAUGGUUGAAACCUUAUAAAGAAAUGUUUGUUGCUGCUUUGACUAACAAAGUCACUCAUUUAGGGAACACAACAACGAACAGGGUGGAGUCUGCUCAUUGGAGACUAAAAAACAUGUUCACUACAAGCCGGGGAGAUUUAUGCCGAAGUUGGGAUGUUGUGAACACCAUGUUAAAGUUGCAGCUAAGUUCAAUUAGGGUCUCAUUUCAAAAACUGACUCCCAGGAGCCAGAUGAAGAUUGACUCUGAUCCUCUGCAAGUAGCUGACGCCCAUUACAUAGAGCCAGAUAAUGUAAAUGUGGUAGAAGUUACUGAUGACUUCGGCAACACCAUCAACAUUGCCGAAGUUACUGAGGACCUUGAUAACAAGGUUGUCAUGGUCAGGGUCUCUGAGUACCUCGGCCAGGAUUUCCUUAAGAAUUUUGCUCAGGAGGCUGUUGAAGGCUUCGCCAACGGAACCACUGAUGUUUCGACCCUGGAGUCACUGAAGAUUCCAAUUUGA